AUGGCUAUCCGGCCGGCGAUAGCGGCGUUGGCGGUGGCUGUGUUUGGCGGUUACCUGGUUUUGCUGGUGGGGAUGCCCACAAACGCCUAUAAAGUGACGUGGCUGCCGGUGCUCCGAGCUAAAACCACCACCACUUACUUCGGAACUAACCAAGGUGCAACUUUCUUGGUGUUCACAUCUCCACUUCUAUUAAUUGCACUAUUGGGAUGUGUGUAUCUCCAUUUAGGCAAAAAAUCGGAAAUUAACAAUAUUAAGAGUGGAGAUGGAGAGAAUCGGCUAGAGAUAUGGAAGAGGCCAAUGAUCAUUAAAGGCCUAGGAAUUGUUUCCAGAAUAGAGCUUGCUUUUUUCCUCAUGUUUAUUGCUCUUCUUGUUUGGAAUUUGGCUACUUAUUUCCACAAUGAUUUUGCCCGAAUUACCACCAAGUCCGCUGCACUAGAUGGUGAAAAAGUGUGGGAGGCUAAGCUGGACAUGGCGGCGCUCCGGCUGGGACUGGUCGGAAACAUAGCGCUGACCUUCCUAUUCUUCCCGGUGACACGUGGAUCAUCGGUGCUCCAGUUUUUAGGCCUAACAUCGGAGGCUAGUGUGAAAUACCACAUAUGGCUAGGCCACAUUGUCAUGACCUUCUUCACUGCCCAUGGCCUUUCUUACAUCAUCUUUUGGGUUUCCACUCAUCAACUAUCUCAGAUGGUGGAAUGGAAGAAUACAGGAGUCUCAAACUUAGCAGGAGAGAUAUCUUUGCUAGCUGGACUAUUCCUAUGGGUGACAACAUAUCCAAGGAUUAGAAGAAGAAUGUUUGAGCUCUUCUUCUACACUCAUCAUCUCUACAUUCUAUUCGUCUUCUUCUUUGUUCUUCACGUUGGCAUCAGCUACGCCUCCAUCAUGCUCCCCGGCUUCUUCCUCUUCAUCGUAGACCGAUACCUCAGGUUAAUGCAGUCCAGGCGACACGUCCACCUCGUCUCCGCUAGGGUUCUUCCAUGCCACACUGUUGAGCUUAACUUCUCCAAGAGCAAAGGUUUGAAUUACAGUCCAACUAGUAUCAUGUUUGUGAAUGUGGCCAGCAUUUCUAAGCUGCAAUGGCAUCCAUUCACUAUUAGUUCAAGUAGUAGUUUGGAGAGUGAUACAAUAAGUGUGAUCAUCAAAGGGGAAGGAAAAUGGACCAGUAAACUCAAUGACUUGGUUGCUUCCCCCUCUCCACCCCCUCGUCUAGAUGUCUCCAUCGAAGGCCCUUACGGACCUGCCUCAACCGAUUUCCUAAGGCACGACCUUCUGGUGAUGGUAAGCGGGGGAAGCGGCGUGACGCCCUUCAUCUCCAUCAUCCGCGACCUCAUCCACACGGCCGAAACCCUAAAAAACCAAACCCCGCAAAUCCUCCUCAUCACCGCCUUCAAAAACUCAACAGACCUCACCAUACUCGACCUCAUCCUCCCCAUCUCCGGCACCCCCUUCCCCAACCUAAACCUCCAAAUCGAGGCCUACGUCACAAGAGAGAAGCAGCAGCCACAACAGGAGAAGAAAUCCACCCGCACCGUCUGGUUCAAGCCCGGCCCGGCCGACGCGCCCCUCGCCGCAACCCUAGGCAACGACAACAAGUGGCUGUGGCUCGGCGCCGUCAUCGCGGGAUCAUUCAUCAUCUACCUCGUCUCGAUUGGGAUCCUGACGAGGUACUACAUAUACCCUAUCGAUCGGAACACGAAUGCGAUAUUCUCCUCCGCCGCGAGAGGCGCGCUCCACGCGCUGUUCAUCUGCGGCGCGGUGGUAGUGGCGGCGACGGCGGGGUUCGUGUGGAGCAAGGAGCGGGGGGCAAAGGAGACCACGCAGAUCCAGAGCAUGGAGACGCCGACCGCGUCACCGUGUUACGUGGGUGGGAGGGAGAUGGAAAGCUUGCCACAGCAGUCGCUCGCGGAGUCGAUCAACGUGUAUUAUGGAGAAAGGCCCGACCUCAAGAGAUAUUUGUUUGAGCGGAAGGAAUCAAGCGUUGGAGUGCUGGUUUGUGGGCCGAAGAAGCUGCGGCAUCAAGUUGCCAACAUAUGUUCUUCGGGCUUGGCGGAAAAUCUGCAUUUUGAGUCCAUCAGUUUUAGUUGGUGA